AUGGAGGGGCAAGACAUGACACUGGCCUUGCCAGAUGAGCUUCUGAGCGAGGUCAUCAGAAAGCUGAGGAAGACCGAAUGGCUGUGUGCGGCGGUGCUGGUGAACCGCCGGUGGCACGGCCUGGCCAGCUACUGGCGCCUGUGGCGCACCCCCUUCCGCGCUCGCUUCCCGGCCGCUUCGCUGCCCGCGCCACCACACCCCGCCCAACACCCGCACACCACCACUUGCCACCCGACAUGGCCCGGCCCUGACGUCGGCCUCGCCACCGGCCGCGGGCGGUCCGCGAGCUGUCUGGGCGGUCAUUGCGGCCCCGACAUUGUUGUUCGAGGCAGCGCCGUGCUGAGCCACAACCACAACAACAACGGCAAUGUGGUGGAGUGGCGCGCGGAGCUGGUGGCCAACGCGCGGCGGGUGCAUGAGCGAUGGAUGACCAACCAGCGCAACCUGCUCUGGAGUCACGACGUGCCUUCCCUCUACAAGCCAUCGCGGGAGUCGUCGCGGGUGGCCCCGCGUGACGGCAAGGUGUGUUUCGCCCGCAUCGCCAUCGAGUCCUACCAGAUGUCCUACGUCCUCGUACUCUACGCCAACGGCAAGCGCGGUGCGCGUUAA